GGCUGCGGGAGGGCCGCGCCUGCGCAGUAGCGGGCCGUCGGUUGGGCGCAGACAGGCCCCAGAAGAUGGAGAGAUGGAGCCACCCCAAGAAACAGACAGGCCUAUCAGCACACUUGAUAACCACAGCGGGCGGGUCCAAGUCCUGUCCCCCACCCCGCUAUUGCAGAGGAAUCCUUACAGCAGCCCGGAUAUCAUGCACAUUAAAGGGUCGGAGGCUUCUUCGGUCCCUUACGCCCUGAACCAGGGCACGAUGGCCCUGCCUAAGAACAAGAACCAGGAGGGCACUGGUCACCGGCUGCUAAACAUGCUGAGAAAAACUCUUAAAGGGUCUGAUAGUGAAGAACUGGAAAUAACACAGGACACACCAAAUUUGGUGCCAUUUGGGGAUGUGGUUGGCUGCCUGGGCAUUCAUAUAAAGAACUGCAGACAUUUUACGCCUAAGAUCAGUGUACAACAUUUUGCUAAUUUGUUCAUUCGCAUCUCUAUAAACAAAGCUGCGAAAUGUACAAAAAUGUGUAGCUUGCUAUCCAAAAACAAUGAGAAGAACACUGUAAUUAAGUUCGAUGAAGUGAAGUAUUUUUCUGUACAGGUUCCUAGACGUUAUGAUGAUGAGCGGAAUAAUAUUUUAUUGGAACUCAUACAGUAUGACAAUAGAGAAAAACGUGCUUUCUUGUUAGGGAGUGUUCAGAUACAUCUUUAUGAAGUAAUUCAGAAAGGGUGCUUCAUUGAAGAGGUCCAAGUGUUGCACAGAAACAUAUUUGUCUGCAGGCUGGAGGUGGAAUUUAUGUUCUCCUAUGGAAACUUUGGUUACGGAUUUUCACAUCAGUUAAAACCUCUUCAGAAAAUUACUGAACCAUCCAUGUUUAUGAAUCUUGCACCACCUCCAGAAAGAACAGAUCCCGUGACAAAAGUUAUUAUGCCACAGACAGUAGAAUAUCCAGCAUUCUUAUCCCCAGACCUGAAUGUUACUGUUGGGACUCCAGCUGUGCAAUCCUCCAACCAGCCAUCUGUAGUGCGACUUGAAAAACUUCAGCAACAACCCCGGGAAAGGCUGGAAAAGAUGAAAAAAGAAUAUAGAAAUCUGAAUACAUGGAUAGAUAAAGCUAACUAUUUAGAAAGCAUUCUAAUGCCAAAAUUGGAACAUAAGGAUUCUGAGGAAACUAAUAUGGAUGAGGCAUCUGAAAACCUGAAAAGUAAUCAACCUGAAGAGGAGCUUGAAAAUAUUGUAGGAGUAGCAGAUAUCCCUCUUGUAAAUGAGGAAGCUGAAACUACUGCAAAUGAGUUACUGGAUAAUGAUUCUGAGAAAGGCCUGACUAUACCAACUUUGAACCAAUUGGACCAAGAUAAUUCAACUGCUGAUGCUUCCAAAAGUGAUAAAUCAACACCUUCACCCACAGAAGUGCACUCAUUGUGCACUAUUUCUAACCAGGAAACAAUAAAAGCAGGCAGAAUACCACCUUUAGAUGAACGUCAAUCAGAAAGCAUGCCAGACAGAAAAAUGAAAAAUGUAUUUUUUCCAUCAGAAGUAAAAUUAAAAGAUAACUAUCCAAGCAUUUUAAAAGCAGACUCAUCUCUAUCAGAGGAUCCAUAUUUUCCACCUCAAAAAAUGAGUGAAUAUGUAAUAGGCCCUUAUUUUGUAGAUGGGUUAAUACAAGAUAAGCCCUAUGGACAGAAAAAUGCAAAUAGAAAGGGAAAAGCAGUGGCUUUUUCACCAAAGGAAUAUAAUUCACCAUCUUUCAGACAAGAAUAUAUAGAAUUCAAACCAAAAUAUCAGUUUCAGAAAUUCAACAAGAACAGUUUUGAUCCUUUUCUAAGGAAUAUAAACAAAAUGUCAGUCAAAAAAAGAAAAGAUCAAGAUAUAUACAAAUAUAGAAACAUCUUAGGUGCAGAGGUCAUAGAGCAUGAAGACCAGGAUCCUCCUUAUCCAGCACAAUCAAAAACUGCAGGACCUGCUAAUAAAACCUGGGCCCAUGACCCUAAUAUCUUCACAACAAAGAUGUUACAAACUGAGAAUAAGUUAGCCCCUGAUCCUACUAUCAAUACAAUAAAGGGUUUAGAUACAAAGAAUAGUUUAAAAGAAAAUCUACCAAAUGUAUCUUUACCAAGCUUCAAAGGAGAAUCAUCAAGGGCUGGAAAUGUACACGCAAACACAUGUCACCUCUCAAAGUCUUUAAAUUUUACCCCCCAUAUAGAAUAUUUAAAACAAUCAAUGAUACUCAAGUCAAUUUUAAGUAAAAAUCUGCAAGAUCUUUCAGACAAAUUAUUUUCUAAACCAGAAGUUAAUAUGAACAGUGAAGCAAGAGAGAAAAGUAGUUCUCCACUUCUAAGCAUUCAUGAUAAAUUAUCAAGUAGUAUGGAAGACAACGUAUUGGAAAAAAGACAAGAUUUAAACAACUGGCUUUCAGAAAAAGACAUUUUAAAUUCAAAGGCUACUUUAAGUCAAAUAAUUAAAAAUAUUCCUGCAGAUUCAUUUUCAGGAGGUAGUCAAAUAAUUGAAAAUAUUCCUGCAGAUUCACUUUUAGAAGGUGGUCAAGUAAUUAAAAAUAUUCCUGAAUAUUCACUUUCAGAAGGGGGUCAGGUAAUUAAAAAUAUUCCUACAGAUUCAUUUUCAGAAGGUGGACCAGGACAAUCUCCAGAGGUAGAAGAACAUGUCUCUAAAAAACACUUCGAAGCUGAUGAGAGAGAUUUUCCAAUUAAAAAAAGGAGUAGUAUCAAAAAGAAACAUUUAAUAAGCGAAGUACCUAACUCCAAAUCAGGUUCAAGUGGCACUGUACAUGACUACAUUAUGAGGCAAAUAUUCACUGCACCAAUAUUCUCAGAAUUGGAGAUAGAAGUGAAAGAGCCAAGUGAAACACCAAUGAACUUGGAAAAUCAAUUACCUACACCUUGGAAGAGAAGUUUGUCAUCACAUAUUCUAUUUCAUGAAGAAAAUGCUGAUGAAAUAGAAUUGCCACAGCCCAGAUCUGCUAUAAGCCAGAUAAUACAAGCAUUUCCUAUAGAUACGCUUUUAGAAUCUGGGAUAAUCAAAGUGAUAGAAUUAGAUAAAGAACGCCAUAAGAGUUCUUUGCUGGGUACGGGGAUCACUUCUCCUAAAGGAAACCUAAAGGAUUCCCAGGAAUAUUAUUCAGAAAUCAGAAGCGAGACAGAACCUCUUUCUGAGCAGAAUAUACCCAUCAUUCCCAAAGACACUACUUCUGUUAGUAGAGUUGAAUUUAUACAGGAAGACCAAAAUAUGUUCCCACAAGAUUCAAGUUAUUAUUCAAUAGCAAAUAAAGAACUGGAUUUGCCCAGAAAUGGUCAGAGGCUUGGUAAAGACAAAAAUGAUCUCAGUUCUACUUUAGAAAGUUUAACUAACUCAUUAAUGGAUAAACUUAGUGAAUCAGAUGAAAUAAUGUUAAAAUCCUUUUUAAAAAACAUCUUCAAUGUUUUUUUCAAAUAUAAUCAAUCUGAAAGAAGAGGACAACCAGAAAAAGAAUUAGAAAGACUAAUUCAACCUUCUUUUACAAGUGACACAGAACACCUUGAAGAACUCCAAGAGGAUUUUGAUAAAGCAGACAAAUUAGACAAAAAACCUAUUUUGAGUCCAAAGCUGCGUGUGUUUCUGGAAGAACUCUCAGAGUCAGAAGUAAAAAAUUUAAAAUCUGAAUUAAGUAAACAAAUCCAGCAUUACCUUGUAGAAAGACUUUCAGAAUCAGGACAUAUCACCAAGGAGGACUUACCAAAAAUCUAUCGAAAUCUGUAUCUGAUGAAUGAGAAAGCAGAGCAGAAAGGGCCAAACAGUUUUCAGGGGAAAUAUUCUGAAACUGUGAAAGAAAUCAUGUCUUUUGUCAACAAUUUCAAUCAUCAUUUCAUAGAUAAACAUUUAGAAAUAAAGCUAAGAUAUUUUUUUAAUGAGAUUCUCCAAAACUAUUUCCUAAAAAACAUUUCAGAAAGCAGUUUAUUUAAUGAGACAGAAUCUGAGACUAUACACCCAAACAUAUCUUCUCUAAGGACUAAAAGUGUCUCAAUAUCUUUUCACGAACUAGAACAAGAUAUUUCAAAGGGGAGUUUUGGUAGAAGGUUUGAAAUAAACAUGAAAUACCCUUUAAGUAAAUCUCUACAGAACUAUCUGAUAGCUUUAUCAGAAAAUGAAUUAUUACAUCUAAAAGCUGAUUUAAGCAAACACCUCCAGAGUCUUUUUAUAGAAAAACUUUCAAAAUCAGGACUAAUGACAAAAAAGCAAUUAGAAGGGAUCAACCAGCAUAUAAAUUUGCUUAAUUCUAGUUCCAUACCAUUAAAAUAUAUAAAUACACAUUUACCUUUUAGAGAUGACUGUCACUUUGUGGAGAGGCAUUCAGAAAAGCAAAAUAAAUAUUCAAGAAUUGUUCAACAAACCACUUUACAAACGGUUUCUGAGGAUAAACUUAGAGAAGCAGAAUUGAUUCGAGAGAAAGAAAAGAAAUAUUUUCCCUUACAGAAUUUAAAAGGAAAUUCAUCUUUAACUAGGGAACAGAAAAGUUAUUACACUAAGGAAGAAGCUAAAACACCAAGUUUAAUCAAAGUGCAACCUUCUUCCAAUGAAAAUAUCCAGGCAAGUCCAUUAAGUAAGUCAUCAGAAAUACUUACAGAUAUACUGCUUAAGAAACUAAGGAAAGAACAUGUAUUCACGCAGCUUCCUCAAGCAGAAAAUUCUGUUCAUGAAACAGAGAUUCAAGACCCAUAUAGUUGGGGUGGUAAAUCAAAAAUAACUCAAUCAAAAGCUUGGUGUGAAAGGACACUGAAAAUGAAGUCCCUUGAUAGAAAGGAGCAUGUAAACAUCUAUAAAUGGACUGUUCAGGAAAAACCUGAAGCAGUAUUAACAUCGUAUCCAAGAAUUCCUAAUGCCAGAAUGCCAAGGGAAGAUGAGUACUUACACAGAAUCACUUUCCCUUCCUGGCAAAGUAGCACUUUAACUCAUUUCAAUACAGAGACUGGGGAAAAAUCAAAAUUAGAAGACCAGUAUUGUCAGAGAUUGAAAGGAAAUAAUAACAAUAAUAAAAAACAUUUAGUAACAUUUGCACAAUACAAAAAAGAAAUACAAACUCUUUAUAUAAAACCAGAUGAAAUUUGCAGUGAAAAAUGUGCCAAGUUCCCUGAAAUACAGUCAUUCCAAUAUAAAGUUGUAGAAGAUGAGAAAAACUCGAAACCAUACCUCUUCCCAGAAUUAUUUAAGAGAGAAGAUCUAAAACCUAAGGUCCGAAAAGAAAGAGACCGUGUCAUCCAACCAAAAAAGUCAUUUAACAAGAUAGUCAGGAUACUACCAACCACACUGCCCACCACAAGAAUUCACCUAAAGAAGUCUGUUCCAAGGACACUGCUUCACUGGACUGCAAGAAGAACUAUACAUGAUUGUUCAGAUAAAUUUGAGGAUUUACAUGACAUGACCUCAUUUACACACCUUAAAAAAGUAAAAUCAAGAUCAAGGCUUUUAGGAAAAAGCUCAGAUGAUAUCCAUAAUCAUGCCAGACACUCUGCAAGACCAUAUACUGCUCCGGAGGUUAACAAGCAACGAGAAAGCUACAGUGGAAAGUUUACAAGUCGCCGAAUGGUUUCAUCAGGCUUAGUUCAUAUAAAUGAUAAAACAUCAGAUUAUGAAAUGCAUAAAAUGCGGCCAAAAAAAAUUAAAAGAGGAUAUUGAAAAAUGUUCGCUCAUUUGUGAUAUUAUAAAACACGUUUAACUCAGAAUGAUAUGUGAGGCCAGCAGUCAGAAUAUCAUUUCUCCAUUAACAAAAUGGUUUGGAGAUCUCUUCUUUUGUGUGACAGAAGUCAGCAAGCAAAUUUCAUCUUGU